AUGGUUGUAUUGCAAAUAGUAAAUACAUUUAUAAUGAUAUUACUUUUAUUAGUAACUAUAUUAGUAAUUAAGGAUUUAGUUUAUCUAGAUAAAAAGAAAAGAUUAAAUCAAUUAAUACCAGGUCCUAAAGGAGUCCCUAUAUUUGGAAAUUUAUUACAAAUUAAUGUUAAAGAUGUACCAGCAAAUUUAGAUGAGUUAUAUAAAAAAUAUGGUUCAAUAUUUAGGUUAAGAUUAGGUAAUGUAGAAACAGUAGUUUUAACAGGUGGCAGUAUUAUGGAAGAAAGUUUUAUAAAGAAUUGGAAACUAUUUGAGAAUAGAUAUAUUAGAAUGAGUAGAUAUUUUGCAAAAGAUUUGGAAAUAUUAUUUUCAAAUGGAGAUUAUCAUAAGAAAUUAAAAAAUAUUUUAAUUGGGGAAAUCACAACAAGAAAAUUAACUAAUGGAAAUAGUUUAUUUAAUGUAAAUAAAAAUGUUGGGGAUAUGAUGAAAAAAAUCUACAAAGAUGAUAAAACAGUUGUAGAAAAUCUUCCAUUUUACAUAAAAGGAUUUAUAUUAAAGAUAAUACUUGAAUUUACUUUUGGAAGAGAAGAGGAUGACGAAAAAAUUUCAAAAAUGAUUGUUAUAGUUUCAAGGUUAUUUCAAACAGCUGGUCAGUUUAUAUAUUCAGAUUAUGUUCCUUUAAUGAUACCAAUCGAUUUAAUUAACACCAGCAAAAGUAGUAUAUUAUCUGAUUUCUUUUAUUUUAGAAAUUAUUCAAAUAACAUUUUAGAAAAAUUAAAUAACAAUAAAAGUAAUAAUUUUGAUAAUGAUGAAACAAUUCAAACAAAUAAGCCUCUAAUAGAGUAUUACUAUGAUAUGUAUUUACAAGGGGAAAUAAAAUAUGAAUCAGUUUUAUUCUCAGCUUCAGAUGUAAUUGUAGCUGGUUUAGAUACAACAUCAAAUACAUUAUCAUUUUUUAUAGUAGCACUAAUUAAUAAUCCACAUAUUCAAGAAAAAAUAUUUGAAGAAAUUAGAAAUAAUAAUACAAGUGACGAUAUUACUUAUUCAGAUCAAACAAAAUAUCCAUACACCAAUGCAGUACUUAGGGAGACACACAGAUAUUUUUCAGUAGUGCCAAUCCCUGAACCAUUCGUAACAUCAGAUGAUGUGGAAAUUAAUGGUUACAAAAUUGCAAAGGGUACCCAAAUUAUAAAGAAUCUUGGUAGCACUCAUUUAUCCGAAGAGUUUUGGGAGGAUCCACUAAUAUUUAAACCGGAAAGAUUUUUGACUGAAGAAAAAAAAAAGAUAUAUCAUUUUGGUGUAGGAAAAAGAGUUUGUCCCGGUAAUUCUUUUGGCACAAUUAUUUUAUUUUUAUCAGCUGUUUUAUUAGUAAAAAAUUUUAUUUUCGUUAACCCCAGCCCACACAAACCAAUUAAUGAAAAAGGGCUGGUAGGUUUAGUUUCCCAAUGUAGAGAUUUUAAUGUUAUUCUUAAAAAACGUCAAUAA